GUCGUCAGUGCUGAGAAACACGUGAAUGCAUGUACUCUAGAUAUUCAGUUAAAAUAUCAGUGAAGUGUGUGGCGCGAAGUUUUUGAAAGAUUUGUGGCAAUCACGUGUCAAACAUAAAUAUUUUAAUAGGAAAAAAGGUUUUUCCAUAGAGUGUUUUUGCAGCUACCUACAGUUGAUAACCUGGGAACAUUAUAAAUAGUCCCUUAUACUUAAAACAACAAUAACCACCAAUGAAAUGCUAUUUCAAAGCAAAUGUUUCAUUUAUUUAAAGCUACGAAAUUAUGAGCACAGAUCGAACUUUUACGCAUCAACGAAGACCACCUGACGUCGAAGAGGCGCUCUCAUCUAUGCUAUGGACGCCAUACGAACGUUCAUGGACCGAUAGUUCCUCGGACGAAGAUGAUGGACCGGAUCAAGCCAAGCGACUACGUAAAUCUAAUAGCACCUAUGAUCAUGGAAUCGCCUAUGAACCACAAACCACAACGAGCGAAUGUGGAGAACACCAAUUGUGCCCGCCUGUUGCGAUAACCAAAUCAUCAUUGCCAGAUAACGUAGCUAAUACCAUGCAAUCAACACCUUAUGUGCCUUUUUCCAAUAAUUUUUACAAGAAUAUGAAUAACAAUGAUGCAAGUAGCAGUCAUGAAAGUAAUUCUAUAAAGAUUAGUUCAAAUCAUAAGAUGACGGACUCAUUGAGAGAUCACAAUUUCCCGUUUUCAUAUUCUUAUUAUGGCUCCAUUCCUUGCCUGAACAAAUCUUGGGCCCCAUUGAAGAAUUCAACAGAGCUGCCUUCAUAUGAAUCCCUUUACACGAAAGUUUUGGUCACAGCAGAUCGACCAACAACGGAUGUUUUAAUCCCAAGUUUGCUGGUUGGUAAAGUUGAUGCAAUCACUGCGAACAACAAUGAAGUGAUCGAGAAGCGGACCUGUAAAAAUAAUUCGGAGGACUCGUUGGAAAUUGAGUGUCCUCUUCAUCUCUCGAGUCAACUUAACUUAGAACUUGGAAGAUUGUUACCCGCAACGGCUGCAAGAGUUGUCAAUGAAUCGUCCGAGCAAUUGGAGAAUAAUAGUGAUAAUAUCGUUUUUUCAUCACCCGACAAAUACAACGAGACACAAGCGGAAGAAAUCAUGCAUUUCGGGAAAACGCGAUCAGCGAAUGACCGAUCACAACAAACCGAAGAGUACAAUGCAACUAUUAACAUUAAUGGUAAAAAAGAGAAUGAUGUUGACGAUGAAAUAUUGGAAGAACGACUGCACAUGCAAUCGCAGCGCUCUAACAGCUCCCAAUUAAUGGCAAUGACUCAGGCAAUAGCUACAAGACUCGCAGGCAAUACGGAUAAGACCACAAAAGAAAUGGAUAGAGUAAAAAUUAUAUCCAGCAACGGAGAGGAGGUCAAUCAACCUGUUUUCUAUACAGAUUGUAUUAAAAACUCUCUCCCAGGCUCACGUUUACGCACUGCUUUCGUAAACAAUCAGAACAGCAAUAGCAAUAACUACGAUAUCCGACUCAACACAGAAUCGAUGAAUGAUGGUUGUACAAACAGUGGAAGACGAAUGAACGCUGAUAGAGCCAAUGGAAGUGCCAACUUAUUUGCUGCGCCUUGGAACGACAAAGUCACAACAGCUGAGAGAGAAAACUGCGCUCAUUUGGAAUGCGACCACAAUGUAUUCCAUGCUAUUUCACCAGAGGCUGAUGGCCAAGCGAUCACUCAGUGUGCGUCGGGCUCUUCUUAUAGACGGUCAGUAGCGCGUCGUUCGCGUUCGCGUUUGUCGUUUGUUACUUUGCCAUCAUAUUCGCAUCUAUGGAAAAAAACACUAAGGGGUGUUCGAACAAAAGUUAAACGCGUGACACGGUCAAGUUCCGAAAAUAUAGUACCGUUAGAUUCACUUAUACCGAAUAAAUGUCUAGCGGAGCUUGAGCGUCUGUAUGCUGAAUUUCGAGCGAGUGAAAGUGCGCUAGCAGCCAGGCGUACAGAUGCUGGUGAAGGUUGUAAAAGUGUUCAACAUUCGCAACAUUGCCUAAGCCGCAGUCAAAGUGAUGCAAGUAGGGAAGACAGUGAUACCAAUAAUGCACAUGAUUGUGAACUUUUGAACGCCAAUACCAUUGCGACCGCUGAAACCGUUGACUCGCCGAACAAAAUGCGAUUCAGCAUACCCGCCGCGACGAAUGCGUUGUUUUGCUCUUCCACAUCGGAGCUACAAGUGCAGCAAGCAAAUAUUUUCAAAGUAUUGCCCGCCAGCAGCACGAGCAGCGUUUUUCUAAGCAGCUCCGAAUGUGCUACCACCGGUUGUCUGACCAGUAAUGACCGGCCGAGAAGUAGUAGCUCUAGCAGUGAUGAUCGGUAUAGCAAUCUAUUGCAUGAAACGAAGCAUGGUAAUAAUAACGGUUAUGAUUUCGAUAGUGUGGAAAAGCAAGAAAUUAAAAAUGAUGUUGUUGUUGUUAGUGCCAUUGAAAAUGACAAAAGGAACAAUAAUAGCGCAAGAAUCGCAGAGUUGGACGCAUCGGCUACUGGGACUCAGCCGAGCCUGACAAUACAAGUGAAUUCGGAAAGCAGUGAUAAAAACAACAACAGCAAUUGUACAACUAACAAAAACUGUACAAAUUUUCAUAGUUCAACUAAUAAUUGUAAUAAUAACAAUAUCGUCAGCGUAGAAACCGCAUCCGUAAAUGUUGAAGUCGGUGUAGUACGGAAAAGUGCUGUCAAAGACAAUCGCAUUAGUGUGGUCAAUUGCAAUUAUCCCAGUGUUUACCCAGUUAACAACGAGAGUGCUUGUAGAAAGAGUACAACUGCACUCAAUAAAGUGGGCAGUGGUGUUAGUGAAGUGAGUGCAUUACCUAAUAUAAUCUGCAAAGUAGAGAAUAGGCUGAAUAAUAAAAAUAAUAAUAAUAUUGUGAAUCUAAGUUCUGCUCAAAGAGAUUGUAAUGGCAAUGAAAUGAAACCAGUUAAUGCUUCCGAUAGCAUCAAUAUAAUUAGCAUAAGUGCUGAAUCGCAUAGUGAACAAACGAAUAUCGAGCAUUCAAAAAGCACGCCUACUUCGCUGACAACAUCGGAAUCGCCAAGCCUAAUAUCAUCUCAGGUAAAUGGUGCGUCUCGACAAACAACUUGUAUGUCCCCCGUUACUUCGGAACAAUCGCGAACUUUUACCUCAACCGAAUGCCAGACUGAUGAAAUAUUAUCCACGCAAUUGCGACUUGAUCGGGUUCCAGUUUCCCCGAUUUUGUCUCGUGUACAUAGGCGGCGCGACAGACGUGAACGUCGCCAUCUACAUCAGCAAUUAUCCACCACUUAUCCGCACCCGCAUCCGCACCAAUUUCACAUAUCGGGACAGCUGCGCCGUCCACAAGAUCGACAUUCCAUGCCGCCAGGCUCUGCACCCAUUCCGGGUAUUACGGCUUUGCACUUACAGUCUGGAGUUCAUCAUACAUUGGGGUCAUCGUCAACAAACAUGCCAGCGGCAAUGUCUGCACUAUUACAUCCAAUGCUUCCGGAUUUAUUGCAUAGACAUUUUCCACCACCUUAUAGUGCGCUGCCGGUGAAUCGUUGUGCGACGACAGCGUUAACAACCCCUCCGCCUCCCACAAUAGUAGGACCUGCGCCACCACCACCUGGCACAACUCUUUUACCGCCUGUGAUAUCAACGGUUCCUAUGCCAGGUAUUUCUCCGCCUAUGGUCAGCGAUGGACGGUUCACUCUACCGCUUCCGUUCAUAAGAAGAUCUCCUUCGGAACGUUCUGGAAAAGGUUGCUGUGGUCAAUGGUUUGCCGGACCACCGUUGCGUUCAUUGAUAGCAGUAGUGGCUCUGGGCGGAAUUGCUUGUGCUUUGAGCGGAGCAGCGUUAGGAGCGACAAGCCUUGCCGGACCUCCGUCUUCGCACCUUACAGCUGCACUUCUCAUGAUAGGUGUAGGAGUUGUCCUAGUGACUGUGAGCGGUGUAGCAUGGCGAAUGACGGCACCGGGUGGACCACCAUGUCUGGGCUUGGGUUCAGCAGUUGACUUUGCCCGUUGUGGCCGACGACCGUGUGGUCGUGGAGGAGGUAAUGCGCAUGGUUUACUUUAUCCAGAGUUUCAGCAUCGGCCACCACCACCUUCCUAUCAGGCCAGUAUGCAAGAAUAUAGACUGAGACUCUUACUGUUGGAUCGAGACAGGCAAAAUGACAUUCGCGGCACUUCCCCACCACCAACAUAUCGCUCAUAUACCGGCAGUUUAAUAAGAGCACCGCUAACAACAACAAGUAGAGGUGCCGGUCCGACCGGCAGCAUUGCUGGUACUUCCGAAUUUAGUUUCCCGCCCAGCUAUAGAUCACGGAACACUACUCCAGUUAUGAUAUGCAGUGAACGCAGCGUCGACACCGCCACAUCGAACCGUUUGCUGUCCAGCGAGGACAUUCCACAACAGUCCACCACGCAACAAUUGGACAGCAACAGAGGCAACCCAACAAUUUUAACCUUAUCAGAACCUAACCGGAGUGUGUGUGAGGUAUCCCAAAACACUGAACAGCCGACCCAUUCACAAAUUCGUCAGGCGUGGACCUCAGCGAUUGUGGAAAUAGAGGCCUCAAAUAGCGAUGGAAGCCAAAAUUAUGGCAAAAAUUGUCAAGAAACAAAUAAAGUGGAAAAUACGAACGCUGUAAACUCAAAGGCGCAGAAGGAGCAGAUUACAAUUAUCACGAUAUCUAAAAGUGAUGGUUCCGCGCAAAGAGACUUGUGCAGUAGAGACCAUAUCGAGAUACUGGCGCAUUUGUAAAAAAUUAAUAAGCAUGUUCUUGGUUAAAUAAAUAGUUAUAAAGAUUGUUGGGUUGUUUUGAAAUUGCAGCAUCCUUGUUACAAUUGAAGAAAUUUGUAAAACAUGUUUUGCAUUUCCGAAAUGAUUUAACAAAAACUGUUACUUACCUGUAAUUUAUAUUUUUCCAUACUCGUAUACAUAUGUAAAUACACAUAAGUAUGUUAUUUCGUAAUACUACUUGGCUACGAGCAAUUAACUUUCCAUUUCCUUAUGAAAUGGUUCGUUCAAGUAUUUUUAUUUAUAAAAUACAUAAUAUAUUAUAUUACUAAAACUAAAUUUUAUGUAAUUAUAAAUGUUGAUACUUCUAUUAAAUCGAAAAGUGCUACUGUUUGUGGUUCGUUCUGAAGCCUA